AUGCACUUCUCGACACUUAUGAUCCUUGCUGUGGCCACGGUUGCCGCCUCUGCUCAGCAGUACGAACCUCCAGCACCCCUACUAGCUGCCCGUGACGAGCUCGUCGCUAGAAAGGGUGGUAACAAGGACAACUCGACAUCUUCAACUGGUGGCUCCUCCAGUGGAUCCGGGUCUGGCAAAAACUCCACAACCGGCACCGGCUCAGGUUCUGGGUCAUCGUCGGGCGGCAAAGUUUCAAAGAAUGGGACGGCGACAGCAACCGGCAAAGCGGGCACCACGGCGACGUCGACACGCGCCAGCGGCGGUAGCGCAACGGCAUCGAGUAGCAGCACGCCUGUUAAGGCCGGUGCACCUGGGGCGGCGCUCAUGGUCUCUAAUGCUGGCGGCUUCGUCACGAUCGCCGGCGUUGGUGUCGCUUUUGCACUGUUCAUGUAA